GCUGGUGUCUGAUAGUUCUAGUUUCUUAUUUGAAGGAGGAACCUGAGAAUAGUUUGGUUCAAACCAAUCUAAACUUCGGAGAAAUGCAACUCAGUUGGAUGGAGCAGGUUUUGUUUGCCACGAUGCUGGAUCUCACGGAAAUAUUCUCCAAGAGGUUGAGUAUAGAAGCUGUUGGAAAAACUUCUCUCUUGUUUGGUUGUGUUUGUAUAGACGAGCUUUGGUUCUCUCUCUGUAAAUAUUCUCAGGAGAGAGGAAUAGAUGUUUGGAAACUGUUGAGCUACAUGUUUAACAAUAAUACAGUAGAUCUGGAGCUAAACUGUGGAAUUCUACAGUACACUGUUUUCUCCUCAACUAGUUUACAAAACAAGAUGUUAUUCUGGAACCUUACCGGAGCGUUGAUCAACCUUCUUCAAGUUUCAGGAUUACGGAUACAAGAGGCUGAUAUAUUGAUGUCGUAUGUUAGACAAGAGUUAAAACCUCUCCUAUGUGAGGAUCAAAGUCAAGAGGUUCUACGUCCGGUUCUACAAACUCUCAUACUCUUGUUUAAACACGCAGGUCCUGGGUUUGAAAUUCUGCUGGAUCUUUGGACCUAUUGCAGUUCGAGAUUGAAUAGCUCAUUCAAAACAAACUCAAAUACUUUAGAAAAUGCAGCCUUUAUACCCAAGAAUGUUGUAUCCUGGCAGAACUGUGUAGAUGAUAUAGUUUCCGGUAGAUCUAAACAUCACGACAGUUUUCAUCUAUUUCUCAAUCUUGUUGCUAUUGCCACCAAAGCCUGGAAAGAAACUAAAAUCAAGAAUAUUGAUCGAUUUAAGACGAGAAUAAUCCAGAAGCUGCCUGACUCUAAGGCAGCUCUGCUGUCUGACUGUGGUAUCUUCUAUGUUGGAACUCUGUUCUCUGUCCUUGUCUCUAUAUCAGAACUGGAUUCUCUUCUUCCAAUGGUUUUAGGAAUCAUUAAACCGGCGUUAGCCAGAUUAGGAGCUUCCAAUAAUUUGCGUCUGCUGGGUUUAAACUGUAAACUAAACCUAGCCCUGUGCUGUGUUGGUUCCAGGAUAUCCUUGAAACCAAUCGGAGAAUCCGUCACAGGCCAACUAGAGAAACUUGUCAACCAGUACUGCGCAGAUCAGCUGGAUGCUCAGCAUAGAAGAAUUGCCCAGGAUGGGUUAAAGAUAUAUCUGGAGUUUUUGGAGGAAUUGGUAGUGGAAUGUACUCUAACCCAGGACGAAGCAAGUUUUGUCGAACCAUGGAUUCAGAAUUAUUUAAAUGUUUGUUCUUCAUCUGAAAUAUCUUCCAUCCUGUCAACCUUUAACAAGGUUUUAUGUAGAUGUCGAGCUAUUUACAAUCUGAUGGAAGGGGUAAAGGUAACUCCUGAGCAGACUGAGAAGGAAAAGAUGCUAAUUUCCUUCAUUAACAAGCUUUUUAAUAUUCUUCUACCAUCAUCCAAGCGUCUUGUAACAACCCUCACAUGCCCUUUGGAGAUUGCUGAUGUAGGAUUUGAGUUUCUAAACAUAACCAUGGAGGGAGCUAAAAGAAGACAAUAUUUCUCAGAGUCGACAAUUAGUAUUCUACAGAUCUUCACUAGCAUAAAUAUACGGGAUGAAUUGAGAGUUGAGUUUCUGUUCAGAACAACAGCUAUUCCUUCAGUUGUUGAGGGAGUUAUCUCCACUCUGAAGAGUUCUAAGCUAAGUGAAGAUCUUCUACUGAGUGUAACAGGAACCUGUAGUCUAACUGUUGACCCAGCUAAUCAGUCAUACUCAAAGCUAGAAGAUGUUUGGACCCGUCUCUCUGAUAUAUAUGGUUUAAAGGCGAAAGAAAGGAUUAAGUACAGUUCUCAUGUAGCACUUGAUAUAAUGUCUUGCGUUGCAUACACGUCCCAUGCAGAGGUGCUGCUUGAGAUGUGUAAAAGUUGUGAAUCCCUGGAUAAGAAUAAGGUUCGCCCCAAAUAUAUGUUUCGAGUGUUUGGUUGGAUGGCCAGAGAUUUCAUGAAUUUAAUAUACAGGCCGAAUCAGAGCAAUAAUGGUUUUCUUCUUGUGGUUUCAACCCUCCUGACUCAAAACAAAUUUUUCUCUUCAACAUGGGCACCCAGCAGUGAUGAGUUAGAGGGAAUCAAGAUCUUUAUUCCUCUCAGUUUAGGCAGUAUGUUCCUACAUCCUGAUUUUCCAAAUGACACAGCACUGCAGAGAAAAUCUGAGGACAUCAUCAGGCUGUACAUGGGUAGAUUCAGAAUACAAGACCAUCCACUUCUAUUUAUUUUCAGCAAGAAAGAGUUGAAGUACCCCCCUGGAAGGAUGGAGUUUGUCCUAACCCUUGUUUUCAAAGUUAUGGUCAGACUAAUUAGUGUAGAAACGAUCAAAACAUUACAAUUUCUGAGACAAAUCAUUAGCAACCUUGAUUCAUCUUCUCAUCAAGUUUUCAUCACCAAAGCCCUGAGUGCUGUUCUAGAGUUGAUGUUCAGAAAGGACUCAGCCGUUAAACAGGAGACAAAAGACUUAUUGAAGAAACUGUUACCAACAAUUAGAAAACAGGUUGAAAGCUUUUCAGGACUGCAGAUUUUAUUUGAUGAAAAACUGUUGGAGUUUCUACGGCAUCAGUUUCCUGUUCAAAAAAUCAAAGUAUUUUCAUUCCUCCAUGAACUGGUGUUGAUUGAUCCUUUGGUUCUACAGUUUACCCUGGAAGAUAUUAAGGGGAUUGUGGAUAGACAAGGAGAACUGAUGGGAACAAGUAAAAGCUGGAGUAGCUCUUAUGAGAAGCUGGUCAGCGAUGUCAAAAAAGUGAAGUCCAGUUGAUUGUCUCCAUCUCUAAAUAGUGAAGUCCAGUGUGCUUCCAACAGUUUACAACUAAUAUUUAUGUACCUUCUACUCAUCACGUUCUAGUAUAAAAGAAAUAAAAAGCUAUUUUCCUCCUUA